UAAUUAGAGUUGAAGGUCUUGUAACGUUAGGGAACGUCUUACUCUUCUCUUUUCCCACUUUCAACUAGAAUGUGCCUUUUUAGUUUAGACUUGAAAUCUUCCUUUCAACUUUUUAUUUUUUUCUUGCACUCCCUUUUUCUGAGCGAGCACGCCUAUGGGAAAAAUAUCUGAUGUUUCGUGGUAUUUUUUAUGUUUUUUUGGACGAGCGAUCUUGUGGAUUUAUUGAGCUGCAGUUCAUUCAAUAAAGUAAUGAUUUCGUUUUCUUAUUUUUCUUUUUGGUGUUCGUUUGCGAUAAAACUGAGCGCUUGAAGCCUGGUAGAAUUUUAGUUUGGAAUAAAAAAUGCGGCAAUGAAGGAGGAAACUGAAAGGGCAUGUGAUCUUACUGGCUAAACGAACUUAGCUGAUUACAGUAUUAAGAGUACUGCUCUAAAUUGAAACUUGCCUUGAAUCCGCGGAUGAACUCACCGACUUGGAGGGAAAUGAUUUGAGGUUCUUCGUAUGCUUGCUUUUGAAAAAUGGCUUCCUUGUGUUGGAGUUUAACAUUCUAAAUUUUUCUCUACCGAUUUUUGUGGCUUCUUCCUUUUCGCGUGAAGGGCUGGGAUGCAACUCCAGUAAUGAGUGGAGUAGGGAUUGAUGGUUCGAAGUGUGUAUAGUUGGAGCCUAAUGUCUUCGCCAGUUCUGACUGCUCAAGAGGAAGGGGAGAACAACACGUCAACAGUAACUUCUUCACGAUCCUUGGAUCUUACCUCCCAAAAUGCAACUGGAUUAAAAGAGCGCAAUUACCUAGGGUUAUCAGAUUGCUCAUCAGUGGAGAGCUCUACUGUUCCAAGCGACUCUGAUGAGAAAAGGGACAAUCUAAAUUUGAAGGCUACGGAAUUGAGGUUGGGUCUUCCAGGAUCCCAAUCACCUGAAAGGAAUGAUAGCUCGACAAAACUUAAUGAGAAGCCACUGUUUCCUUUGCUUCCAACAAAAGAUGGAAUCUGCUCAUUGUCCCAGAAAAUCGUGGUUACAGGCAACAAAAGGGGAUUCUCUGACACCGUGGAUAGGUUCCCUGAGAUGAAGUUUCCCGGGAAUUCAGGGGUAAAUGUGCUGCUUUCUCCUAGAUCUGCUAGAGCUCAGCCAACAACAACAAAAGAAAUGCCGACUAAGGUAUUGCGAGAACGGCCUUGUGCAACUAAUGGAACAGGCCAUAACAAAACGGAUGCUUCUAUUGUUGGCAGUGCUCCUGCCUCUAAGGCACAGGUUGUUGGUUGGCCUCCAAUAAGGUCAUUUAGGAAGAACUCGUUGUCUGUCACUUCAAAGAACAAUGAUGAAGUAGAUGGAAAACCGGCUCCUGCUGCUCUCUUUGUGAAGGUGAGCAUGGAUGGAGCUCCCUAUCUAAGGAAGGUUGAUCUGAGGAGUUACAACACAUACCAGGAUCUGUCUUCUGCCCUCGAGAAGAUGUUCAGCUGUUUUAUCCUAGGUCAAUGUGGUUCCCAUGGAGCUCCAGGAAGAGAAAUGUUGAGUGAGAGCAAGCUAAGGGACCUUCUGCAUGGUUCAGAAUAUGUACUCACUUAUGAAGAUAAAGAUGGUGAUUGGAUGCUUGUUGGGGAUGUACCAUGGGAGAUGUUUAUUGACACAUGCAAGAGGCUGAAAAUCAUGAAAGGAUCUGAUGCCAUUGGCUUAGCUCCCAGGGCUAUGGAGAAAUCCAAGAGAAGGAGCUAGAAUGAUGUGGUGGACUAAUGGCUCCUUUGUCUGCAAAAAUUCAACGCCGCAUCUGAGGACAUGUGGAAACCGAAGUACGCUGUGGAUUACUGAAUUCCGGCCUUUGACGGGGAGUCAAAAAUACAAAUGUGUGUUUUCAAUACCCUUAAAAGUUGUGUUGGAUGUUAAUUUGUUAUUAUUUGAAAUAUAUUAUUGUUCCUUCAAAGUUAGCAAUUGUGAAGUCUAAUUAAUUAGUCUUGGUGGGAACUUGUGUGUUUAAAUGGGUUGAAUAAUUGUUACGAUCAAAUUGAAGAUCGCCAAUAUUAUAUCCGUGUGUGAUUUGACACC